CUUCACCAACCUCCCCCAUCCUCUUCCCGGUUGCCGCCCUCCUCCCAAUUGCGUGCAUCUCUGUUUGAUUAGCCGCUGCAUUUCCUUUGACUCUGCUGCCCAUCCUGCAUCCCCAGGCCGCCGCGGUAGCCCUCCUUGCUCAGUGCCCUGGCGCGUGGCCUUGCGCUCUCGUCCACCACUGCAUCGCGCCCUCAAUAGCGAUUACGAAUCCCUCUUACCACCGGCAUCAUCCGCCCUUGACGGGACGCCGACGAAGCCCUCGACGAUCCGACUUGCUGCGCGACAUCGACGACGAGCGCUUCCUCGAAGCCAUCCCUCCCACAAUGUCCCUCUUUGGAACUUCGCCCCCGGACGAGCCUACGAUGGUGGCGUCGCCCGCCCGGCCCAAGUCCACCGGCGGCCUCUUCGACGAGGCCGAGUCCAAAACCUCGUCCAACAGCCUCUUCGCCGACGACGAUGGCGGCCACGGCGGCGGCUCGCCGUGGGACAUGCCGACGCCGCGCAAGAAGCAGAGCCGCGCCGACCUGGUCCGCAACCUGCUCUCCGUGUCUGACGUGCCCGACAGCUACAUCGAGACGUUUGACAUUGUCCUGCGCGAAGACGGCGACGGCGGACGGAUCGCGGCCGGCGGCAUCGCGAAGCUCUUCGCCACCGCGCGGCUCGGCGCCGAUGCUCAGGCCCGCAUCAUGUCCCUGGUGGCUCCCGGAGACAGUCAUGUCACGCUGGGCCGGGCUGAGUUCAAUGUCGUCUUGGCCCUGGUGGGCCUGGCGCAGGAGGGCGAGAUCAUCAGCCUCGACGGCGUGGAUGAGCGACGACGCAACCUGCCGCAACCCAAGCUCCCCGGCAUCACCGCCGAGCCUAUCCUGCCUCCCGUGGAUGAGCUUGCGUCCAAGCCUCCCCAGACACCGCCCAAAGACACGCCGCCGACUCCCCGGCACCCCAAGCUGCCCCGACCGGCCAUGGACGACCUGCCCGAGGAUGACCCAUGGAACACGCCUGAUGUUCACAAGAACCAUGAUCACGCGAAGCCAAACGGCGCCAGGAACCACGACACAAACGGCCACACCAGCUUCGUCGAGCCGCCGCCUGUGACGGCUCCCGUCGCGCCCCCUACAGCCGCCCAGUACGCGUCGCCCCCCGCCCCUGCUGCGAAUGGAGGACAGCAGACCGCCGUCGCCGCCACCGCCCCGGCGCCCGGUGGAUGGGGCUACUUUGACGGGAACAACACCGCCGCUGGAGGCUUUGGUGAGACGCCGCAGAGCAGCGAUCCCAAUCCCUUUGGCGGGCCUGAUCGCACGCCCAGCGGCAAUCCCCCACCAGGACUCCAGCAACACCAGCCCGGUGGCAGGACUGGUCACGGCGUCGAGGAGAACGUCAUCGUGACUCUGAUGCCGGAGAAGGAGGGCAUGUUCAUGUUCCAGCACCACAACUAUGAAGUCGCCAGUCUGCGUCGCGGCAGCAAGGUCAUCCGCCGGUAUAGCGAUUUUGUCUGGCUGCUGGACUGCCUCCACAAGAGAUAUCCCUUCCGGAUCCUACCGCUGCUCCCGCCCAAGCGCAUGGGCGUCAAUGGUAGCCAUUUGUCCAACGACGGCGCUUUCAUUGAGAAGCGGAGGCGGGGUCUGGCUAGGUUCCUGAAUGCCCUCGUGCGACACCCUGUGUUGAGCCAGGAGCAGAUGGUCAUCAUGUUUCUGACCGUCCCUACGGACGAACAGGAGCUGGCUGUUUGGCGCAAACAGGCCACGAUUUCUGUUCAAGACGAGUUCGCCGAGCGAGCACUACCCCCAGGUCUCGAAGAUUCGCUACCGCCCACUCUCGAAGACCUCUUUUCUCGAACCCGAGCCGGCAUCCAACGCUCCGCUGAACUGUACAUUGGCGUCUGCAACAUCAUGGAUCGCCUUGUUAAGCGGACCGAGGGUGUGGCAGCCGACCACGCUCGCAUUGCCCUGUCUCUAGCAUCCCUUACCGAAGCCUCGGCCGACACGUAUGCGACGGAUACCAACGAGGUUCCCCUGCUCAACGACGGCCUGGUCGCAAUGAGCAAGCACCUGCGGACGUGCCAAGCUUUGAUGGAGGAUGAGAGCCGAGGAUGGGACGAGGGUGUGCUCGAGGAUUUGAAGCGACAGCGCGAUGCCCUUGUAAGCAUGCGAGAGAUGUUUGAGAGGCGGGAGCGGUUGGACAAGGACAACAUCCCGUACCUCGAACGGAGGAUCCAAACCAACGAGACGAAGCUGGCCAACUUGCGAUCGAAACCGGAUGGCUUGGUGAAGCCUGGCGAGAUUGAAAGGGUAGCCGAGAACAUCAUCAAGGACAAGGAAUCCAUUGUCCAGCAACAUAACCGUUCCGUCUUUGUCAAGGAGUGCAUCCGCGACGAACUGAUCUCGUUCCAAUCGACGCAGUACCACGUCAGCCGCUGGAACCAGGACUGGGCUGGAGAGCGAGUCAAGUACGCAGAGAUGCUUGCUGACAACUGGCGACGGUUGCUCGAUGAGCUCGAGGGCAUGCCGCUGGGCGACUAGAGCCCGCCAGAGAUUCACCGGUCGACAUACUGUCUUGGGGCUGCCAGCAACAGAUAUGAAAGGAGACUUGGGAGCACACGAUGGAGACAAGUCAGGUGGUGAUUUGGCCUCGAGAGGGCUGUAUUGAGGAUAUGAUAAUUCUUGGGUGGUAGGCCUUGAUGAGAAAUUGGUGGAUUGGUUUCAGUACGUGAGUCGCGUCCAAGAGCAGGAGUGAGCAUUAGGCAGAAGGAAGACGGAGAGACGGAAAGGAAGCAUGUGUCUGCGCGAUACCCUUCGUUCGUUUGUUGGCUUUCUGCAGUACGGAUGGCAUGUUGUUAAUAGAGAUGAGUCUGUAUGUACAUAUCGAUCAUUGUUUCGUUUAGGUGUCGUGUUGCGUUGUGGCCCCUGGAUAAUGUGUUGGAGAUGAUUGACAGACAGAACGAACAUGAGAGAAGACGAAUUUAUA